GAAUACAGAACCAAAGGGACAUAUGUCAAAAAAUUUAAACAUUAAUUUCAAGAUAUAUAAAUAGAAAAAGAAUUACAAAAUGGUAAUAUAUGGUGUUUAUAUUGUAUCUAAAUCUGGUGGUUUGAUCUUCAAUCAUGAUCACAAUGUCCCGAAAAUUGAGGUCGAGAAAUCCUUUAAUUUUCCACUCAAUAUUAAAUUAAACUAUGAGAAUAAAAAGGUAGUGGUAGCUUUUGGACAAAAAGAUGGAAUACAUGUUGGACAUGUAUUAACAGCUGCAAAUGGAAUUGCAAUCACAGGACGUGAGCUUGAAGAUGGAAGAGACAUCCUCGAAAUGUUGGAGCAACCAGAUAAUUUCCCUAUAACAUUGAAAUUUAGUCGGGCAAAAAUGACGACAAACGAGAAGAUAUUUUUAGCUUCAAUGUUUUAUCCUCUUUUUGCAAUAGCAAGCCAACUGAGCCCAGAACCACGAAGUUCUGGGAUUGAGAUUCUCGAAGCGGAUACAUUUCGUUUAUAUUGUUACCAAACAUUGACAGGUAUUAAAUUCAUGAUAGUAGCAGAGCCGUCACAACCAGGAAUGGAAAUUUUUUUGAAGAGAGUAUAUGAUUUGUAUGCGGAUUAUGCAUUAAAAAAUCCAUUUUAUGCGUUGGAAAUGCCUAUUCGAUGUGAAUUAUUCGAAACUAAUUUACAGACAUUGUUGGAAACUGUAGAAAAAUCUGGAAUAAGCAAUGUUUAA